CCCUGGGAUGGCCUUCCCUGCACGCGCGUGUUUGUAUCUAAAUCGCAGGAAACUGUCUCUUCCUCAGCUUGCUGGCGCGAGGAGCCGGAGCCUCGAGAAGAACACCAUGCACCCCAGCUCUAAAGAAGGAAGACUUUCAAGCCCCCUUGUCAGCGGAGCUAUAAGGUGAACUGCAGGAAGAUCCCAGCCCUAUACACGUGGGGCAGAGCCAGCAGAGGCCAGAGCUAUUGCUCCGUGCAGACCACAAGAGGAUGUCUCCCAGCCUUCAGGAAGGCUCUCAGCUCGGGGAAAGCAAACCCUCAACUUGCUCCUUUUCAAUUGAGAAAAUCUUAGGACUGGACCAGAAGAAAGACUGUGUUCCAUUAAUGAAACCCCACAGGCCCUGGGCAGACACCUGCAGCUUCUCAGGGAAAGAUGGUAACUUAUGUCUACAUGUCCCAAAUCCUCCUGGUGGGAUUUCAUUCCCCAGCAUGGUGGAUCACCCAAUGCCAGAAGAAAGAGCUUCGAAAUAUGAAAAUUACUUUUCAGCCUCAGAAAGACUGUCUUUGAAAAGAGAGUUGAGUUGGUAUAGAGGCCGAAGACCAAGAACUGCUUUUACUCAAAACCAGAUUGAAGUGUUAGAAAAUGUCUUUAGAGUAAACUGCUAUCCUGGCAUUGAUAUUAGAGAAGACUUAGCUCGAAAAUUGAAUCUAGAGGAAGACAGAAUCCAGAUUUGGUUUCAAAAUCGGCGUGCAAAACUGAAAAGGUCCCAUAGAGAAUCACAGUUUCUAAUGGUGAAAAAAAAUUUCAACACAAAUCUCCUGGAAUAGAUAGAAAACUAAACAAGUGAAAUUAUCUUCUAAUUGCAGAGCAUGAAGAAUCAGUGGAAAUAUUAAAUGUUAAAAUGUGAUGUUUUCUUUCCUGCAUUUAAUCUGAACAUUGUCAUUUUUUCUGAAAAUAUAUUGUAUGUAAUUACUAUUAUAGCAUGGUACAUAUUAUAUUUGGGUACUUUUAGUUAUAGUAAAGACCUUUUCUAUAUAUUUUAAUAAACAUUUUCAGAAAAGUUUGCUAUUUUUUAAGUGAUCCAAAUUAAUCUAAUACAUUAGUUUGUUAAAAUCAAUAGACUCAUGACUAAGUGACUCCACAAGCUGGAUUCUAAUUAUAAAGUAUUUCAAGUAAAAUAAUCUGAAGAACAAAA